AAAUCCAGUGUUGUUUUGACAGCAGUUGUGAAAUGUUUUUCUAUCGUCCAGCUGUCUGAACACCCACAUGUAAAACUGACUGUGCCGUCUUUAUUUAUUUUUAAAAGCGGAUUUCAAGUGACUAAAAGAAAGUUUUGGGUUCUUCUUCAUUACAUAUCGGAUUACAUAACUUAGUGUACACUUGAGAGCAAAUGUUGCGCUCUUUUAGAGGUCACUCUUGGGAGAGUUGGGAGUGGGAUCCGGACAGUAAAUCUCCUGAUGCUCAUCUGUCUCUGUGCCGACAAGCCGUCUAUUUUCAUAUCAGCCCUCUGCUGGACAGUCAAGGGACUGCUGGGGUCAGAGGCACCAAAGGUUUCACCCAUGGUGAGCAUUACUGGGAGAUUGAGUUCCUUGAGCCUCCAUAUGGAAGCUCUGUGAUGGUGGGGGUCGGUACCCAAAAUGCACUUCUGCACACAGGGGAUCAAAAAUUUGUUAACCUCAUAGGCAUCGACAGUGAGAGUUGGGGUCUAUCAUACAAAGGCUUCAUCUGGCAUAAUGGGAGGAGUCGAAAAUACACAGAGCCUUUUUAUGAACAAAAUACAGUCCUUGGGGUUUUGCUGGACUUGAGCGCUGGAACACUGACGUUCUUCCGGAAUGGAGUGAACCUCGGGGUGGCCUUCACUGGCCUGGAGCAGGUCAGCGAGGCUCUGUAUCCUCUGGUGAGCUCUACAGCCCCUGAAACUGAGCUUCAGCUGGGUGUGAGGAGCCAGAGAAUCUCCUCCCUACAGGAACAGUGCAUUCACAUCAUCACACAGUCCCUCUCACAUUAUAGACAUGCACAUGCAUUACCAUUACCCACAUCUCUACUCUGUCAAAUACACACACAUUCACAUUUAUAAGCAGGGCAAAACCUGUUUCUCCAGCUUCAAAUAACACAUAAAUUAUUGCUUAAAUUGAACAAAAACAGCAUGUGUGACCUUUAAUUUAAUCAUGUUGCCGUUUGUAUUCUUAAUUAAUAUGCCAUUUCUGCUCUUUCUAGAUGAUGUCGUUGGCAAUUGUUGUGUUCCAAAAUAAGAUAUAAUUACUUGUAUGUAUAAUUAGUUUUUUUAUAUUCUCAGGGCAGUUAUUUUGGAGACAAUUAUGUAAAAUAUAUAAUUAAAUAUAUCUUUCUGCUUUUAUAAGAAAACUGUGGUAACGUUUUAUUUUCCUCCCCACAACCAGGGGAUGUUCUGAAGCUUAUGAAACAAACCCACAGAGGGGCAUUUUUUUUUUUACACUGUCUCUAACAAUUUUAUUACUCUGAAAUCACAACAUGAUAUACAAAAGUAAAGAUUGCAAAAGCACAGAAUACACUUUAACAGCCAAAAUGGAAGUAAAGAACCUUCACAAAAGAAGAAAUGCAAAGUUUCACCUGCAACCCAGAAAUACACCACAGUACAGGUAAACAGGUAGAUGUUUGGAUACAGGUACAACAAAAUGGCACAAAGUUCACAGAUCUGGCCAGAGAAUGGGAAUUUAACAGCUAAUAUCAUCGCCAGUUCACUCCAUUAAGGCACACAGACACUUGGGUGUGAGGGAGCUUGUCUAAAACUAUUUAAGCCACUGGUCCACAUGUCAAUGCUCGAAUGGAUUGACAUGAACAGGAAGUUAACAUGACACAGUAAACAGUUACAGUUUGAUAUCAAGGCAUAUGACACUUAACUUAUUAGUGCUAAAGAAUUUGUGCCCAAGUACCUGCUUUAUGGUUCUUUUGGAAUUCAGACCCAUGAAACAGACUCAAUUCCGUACGCUUCAAAUCCAUUAAUCAUAAAAUGAAAGCGAACACGUACAGAGCCCUGGGGUACAACUAAAAUGUUGCUGCACUUGGAUUUUAUGCACUUCAGUAAUAAUUAAUUGCACUAUGAUAUGGUUCUUCACAGAUAAAACUACAGUUAUACUGAGACGACAAAAUUACAUCAAAUUGUUCUUUGCUAUUUCUGUCUUCUGGCUUUUGUUUCAAAUGUGCCCAUGUGUGAUGGCACCGUCCCCGACAGGCAGUACGUUUUCUAGUAACAAAUAUAAUUGAUCACACAAAUAUUUUAAACAUAUAAUCUUUGGCCAAAAUAAAUAUGUACGGGGUAGAAUAAUACAACAGAAUUACUGAACAGACCACACACACAAAUUACACACAACUCCACACAUACAGAUAGAAGAAGCGGAGGUUUUUGAUCAGAAAAAUAACUUUUCUUUUCGGUUUCAGCAUCAGGAAAUUUGUGCUGGCCAUAAAGCAUCUGCCCUGUUUCUGGAAUCACUGAGAUGCCACAAAAAGACGAAAAGAUUCUAGAAAAAUAAUAUAAUGAUAAUAUAAACGAAGACUGAAUGGAAGUUCUUUGAGACAAUACAUAAUACCAUAUAUUUUAUGUAAUAAGCAUGUGUAAAAUAAGUGUUUCAAGUUUGAGUAGUAGUGCUUUAUACUUGUCCAUAAGCUUGGGCCAACUAUGGCUUACAAAAAUGAGGACGUGUGCCUGUACUCUAAUUUUACUUCUU